AGGUUAGAUCAAUGUGUAUUAGUUUAUUAUUUAGAAAUUAGAAGCGGUUGAUGUAUUUAAAUAGCCUUAGAAAUCUAUUUAAAGUUUCCAAAUGCUUAAAACCAGAGUAAAUAAAUCAAAACUUAGAACGUAAAAUUUGAAAUCAAUGUAUAGUUUCAACAAUGAGUGAUAAUUUUAAGAAACCUAUCUUCGUUGGAAAAGUUGGUAAAAUACCAAAAUCUAUUAACGCAAAUGAAAAAAUCAUUCCAAAACCUCCCUCACUAGAAAUUGAGGUAAAAAUUGAAAACAAUGAAAAACAUAUAGAAGAAAUCAAAGAAAUACCAAAAAUAACAAAUCCAAAAGAAAAUAUCACAGAAAAAGUUGAUAAAGUUUUAAAUUACCAAGAACCGUCCUGGUCGGGAUUACCAAUAACCAAUGGUCCACAAUUUGAAUUAGAAGUUUUAAAAUCGGGUGUCAUCAUAGAAAACAUUGUGUUGAUGCCGAAAAAAUAUUGGAUUAUUGGACGGUUACCAAAUUGUGAUAUAUAUUUGGCACAUCCUACAAUAUCAAGACAUCAUGCAAUUUUACAAUUUAAUAGUGUUGUAAGCGAAGAUCGUUCAAUUGGAUUCUAUAUUUAUGAUUUAGGCAGUACACACGGAACAUUUUUAAAUAAAGCCCGAAUUAAAAGUAGGAUGUAUGUUAAAGUUCAUGUUGGUCAUAUGCUAAAAUUUGGCAAUAGUACUCGAACAUUUAUUUUAAAAGGACCGGAAGAAGAUGCUGAACCUGAAUCGGAAUUAACUGUAACAGAAUUAAAAAUAAAUCGUAUUAAUGAAUUAAAAAAACGUGAAGCAGAAUUGUUGGAGCUUAAAGAAAAAGAAGAAGAAGCAAAGAAGAAAGAAUUAGAACAAGGAAUAGAUUGGGGAAUGGGUGAGGAUGCGGAUGAAGAAACGGACCUAACAGAAAAUCCAUACGCUGCCACAAAUAAUGAAGAAUUAUAUCUUGAUGAUCCUAAAAAAACUUUAAGAGGAUUUUUCGAGCGGGAAGGCGAGGAAUUACAGUAUAAUGUUGAAGAAAAAGGAUUGGGACAAUUUAUUUGCACUGUUGAACUUCCAAUCGAAAAUUCAUUAGGGAGACCAAUUAUAGCCGAAGCUAUUGUAAAAGGAAAGAAAAAAGAAGCAGUUGUACAAUGUGCAUUAGAAGCAUGUAGAAUUCUUGAUAGAGCUGGAGUUUUACGUCAAGCUAAGCAUGAAUCAAGAAAAAGAAAACCACGCAAUUGGGAAGAAGAUGAUUAUUGUAAUUCGGAUGACGAUGAAUUUUUCGAUCGAACUGGUGCUGUUGAACGAAAAAAACAAUAUCGUAUGAAAAUACAUAAUGCUAACGUAAAGGAGAAUGUGGAAACAUACGACAGUUUGGUAACAAAAGAAAAAACAUUGUCUGAAGAAAUAGAAAAUUUAGAAAAAGAAUUAAGCAAUGCAAAGAUAAAACUAAGUGCGACUGAAGAAAAAGAUGCCAAUUUGUCCAAUGUCGAUAGUUUAGAUGAGUUUAUGAAUAAUUUAACAGACGAUAUACCCGAUAAACAAGUUGUUAAUCGAUUAACUAUGCAAUUAACGAAACUCAAACAAGAACAUGCAAAAACUUUAAAACUAGUAGAAAUUGCUAAACCAACUGAAAUUCCAUCAUUUCAAACUAAAACCACAAAUACUAUUCACGAUAGCACUAAUGCUAUUAAAAAAUUACCGUUGUAUGGUAAACGUUUAAAAGUGAAAUCUUUAAAAGAAACUUACAAAUCGAACACUGAGGAAGUGAUUGAAAAUGACGACAUUAAAGAGGAAGAAGAAAUGGAUGAAACAGUUAGAGAACACAAUGUAAAUAGUGAAAAUAAUAAACUAUCAAUUGAAACUGAUAAAAUAGAGGAGGAUAUUAUUAAAAAAGAAAAAAGUGAUGAAACUGAAGAAAAGGAAACUCCUCGAAUAAUAGGACCAUCUAAACCUGAUCCAGAAAUACUUACUAAAAUAGAAUCUGUCGAAACAAAACCCUCUUCAUCAUCGAAAUCAUCAAAGAAGAAAAACAAACGAAAUAAAUUAAUUGAUAAAGCUUAUGAAGAAGAUGAUAAAUAUACUACUUGGAUGCCUCCAGAAAAUCAAAAAGGCGAUGGAAAAACAGAUUUAAAUGAGAAAUUUGGAUAUUAAUUUUGUUUUUCAAUUUUGUAAAUUAA